ACGAAAGGUGGAACUUGUGCUGGGUUUUCCUGUUCCAUUUUCUUCGCCCCCUAUUUCAGCCUAAGCUCUGGUCAGGCGCCCACUGGCCUACCUUCGCUUUCGCCAUGGCCCUCAGCGAUGCCGACGUGCAAAAGCAGAUAAAGCACAUGAUGGCUUUCAUUGAACAAGAAGCCAAUGAGAAAGCAGAAGAAAUAGAUGCGAAGGCAGAAGAAGAGUUCAACAUCGAGAAAGGUCGUCUUGUGCAGACCCAAAGACUGAAGAUUAUGGAAUACUAUGAGAAGAAAGAAAAGCAGAUUGAGCAACAGAAGAAAAUUCAGAUGUCCAAUUUGAUGAAUCAAGCAAGGCUAAAGGUCCUCAGAGCAAGAGAUGACCUUGUCACUGACCUGCUGAAUGAAGCGAAACAGAGACUCAGCAAGGUGGUGAAAGAUACAACCAGGUACCAAGUGCUACUGGAUGGACUGGUCCUCCAGGGCUUGUACCAGUUGUUGGAGCCCCGUAUGAUUGUGCGUUGCAGGAAACAAGACUUCCCUAUGGUGAAGGCUGCAGUCCAAAAAGCAAUUCCCAUGUAUAAAAUUGCCACCAAAAAAGAUGUUGAUGUCCAAAUUGAUCAGGAGGCCUACCUGCCAGAGGAAAUAGCUGGUGGAGUUGAAAUCUAUAAUGGGGAUCGCAAGAUAAAGGUGUCCAACACCCUGGAAAGCCGGCUGGAUCUUAUCGCCCAGCAGAUGAUGCCAGAAGUACGGGGAGCCUUGUUUGGUGCAAAUGCCAAUCGGAAGUUUCUGGACUAAGCCUUUGGAAGUGGGGAUCACCCACUGCUCUACUUUUGAAGAAGCAAGAUUGCCUCAUAGCUUCCUCUUUGCUGUUCGUAUAUUGCUGUGUAUUUACCAUGGAUCCCCUUCUGUAGCUAGCACCCCUGGCCCAGUGGUGACAACAUAGCAUGGUCCAGAACCCAGCCUGAGUGGUGCUGAGUCUUGUGCUGUCUCUCCACCCCAGAGGCUAGUCUAGAGGGUGACAUGCAUGCUGUCCCCUGCCCUUUGGGUGUAAGGCACACAUGCAGUGUGAGUUCCUCUCAGCGGUAGUAGCUUCACUGUUACCUUACUGUACUAGAAUUUAUCUUUUGUAAAUGUGAUAGAGAUGUGGAGCCAUGAACACCCUUUAUUUAUUAAAACAAAGGCUUUCUGUG